GCAUGUAUUUACUUUCCACUGAAAACAUUUAUACAGAGAAUUUCAACAAGUUGAAACACCCCCGGUAUCCUAUUAAAGCGUUCCAUAAAAUGCAACGAAGCGGUAGUAGCGCCAUGCGUCCGAGAUCCUACACGCACAAAUCGAGUGAAUUUGUAUAGGGCUUUUGUAUAUUAGAAAUUCUAAUUCUGUUACUUAGUGUUACUUUACUUAGUCUCUACUCAGUCUCUAGGAUUAGGAAACUGAUGUGAUCAUGGACCAGGAUGUAACACUGACGAUUCGCAUGAAGAGAAUAACAAGAAAGAAGGUAUUUGCUGAGACUGUAUCAACCAAGCAAGUGAAUGACCAUCCACCAGAAUGGAAAUGUUGCAAUCUCUCUUUCAGGAGUGCCAUUGAUAUCAACAAGCACACAUCCAUUGAACAUGGGGAAGAGAUUCAGAGCAAGACAUUGGCUGCUCUAAAAGCUCUGAUAAGAGGCAAAUCUACAUUCAGCAGUUCUGAAGAUAUGUUUGAAAGUGCAUCAGCAGGAGAGGGACUGGAAGAGCAUUAUCGGACAUGUAGAUCAGGAAAGCCUUUUGAUCAGAACAAGAUUCCAGACCAUGGUUUCAGUCCACCCGAUGUGGAAGCAAGUGAGGGCAUUUAUAGUGAUUGCAGAAAAAAACUCCCCUCGUACUCUGAGGAUGAAGUGCGACCCUGGUUACCAAUAAAGUGCUAUAAGAAUACUGAAGACGAAGGAAGCUAUUCCGACAACAAUAGCAUGACACAAGAAGGCCAAGUCCUUCUGUUCUACAAAUAUGUUGAAUUAACAGAUCCACCUGAUAUAUGUGAAUGGCAGAAAGAGUUAUGCAGGAGACUACAUUUAAAUGGAAAGAUCAGGAUAGCUAGAGAAGGUUUAAAUGGUACAGUUGGUGGGGCAUUAUUUAACACUCAGAAGUACAUUGAAGCAGUCAUGUCACACCCAUGCUUCACAGACAUGAAGAAAGAAGAUUUCAAGACAAGUCAAGGAGGUCAUGAAAGUUUUCCUGGUGGUCUAAUUGUCUCAUUACAUCAAGAGAUUGUUCCAAUGGGUGUAGAUCCUAAGCUGAUCAGUUUCAAAGAGGCAGGUUCUCACCUUACCCCCGCCCAGUUUCAUGAAGAAGUUCAGCAAUACAGAAAAGCCAAGGAAAGUGGGAAAAAGACAGACACAGUCUUCAUUGACUGCAGGAAUUUCUAUGAAAGUAGAAUUGGUGCUUUCACAGAUGCAAUCACUCCAGACAUUCGAAAAUUUAGCUACUGGCCUGAGUAUGUGGAUAAGAAUGAAGCAGUGUUUGCAGACAAGAAGGUCCUUAUGUACUGCACUGGAGGUAUCAGAUGUGAAAGGGGUUCAGCCUAUCUAAGAUCAAAGGGAAUCUGCAAAGAAGUGCUCCAGCUUGAAGGUGGUAUCCACAAGUAUCUUGAUCGCUAUCCAGAUGGCUUCUUCAGAGGAAAAUUGUUUGUCUUUGACAACCGCUAUGCUAUUCAGACAAACCAGGAUGUCAUGGCAGAAUGUUUCCACUGUUCCAAGCCUUGGGAUGAAUACCAACCAUGCAGCAGUGAACACUGUCAUCAGCUAGUCCUUUCCUGCCUAUCCUGUAGGACCUCUGGACUAACCACCUGCUGCCAGAAAUGUGCGGAAUUAGCUCUUGACUGUGCCUCUGACAGCAAGAUGAAGAAAAAGAAGGAGGAAUGCAACUGCACCAAGAAUCGAGUGAGGAUUCCUGUUGAAAUCUUGGAUAGCAGUUCUGAGCAUUUUGCGAGCAGCAUCAAUGAACCAUGUCAAGAUACCUUGAGUAAUGGAGCUAUGCCUAGUUGAUGGUGGCUACUAAGGCGAUGCAGUGGCAUUGCGAAGAUAGAGAAAAACAUUGUUUUAAUUCCAUAUGUGAUUUGCUUGAAUUGUAUUUUGCCAGAAAUCAUCUUGAAAUUUCUUCUUCACUUUUAAUCAAGUUGAAUCCCGAGGUUAGUUUGAUAGUAAUUGUUGUGACUUUUACUCAUAUAGUUUUCAUUGAAAGAGAUUUAUAUGAAAUCAUUCAACGAUAUUGGUGCAAUAAUACCUACUCUUACUCACUCUCUGUCUCUCACAUAUAUGCGCAGUUCUAUCUCAAUGUAUCACUCUACACAGUCUUCAUUCAUCAUGAGAUACGUAAAUAUAAAUUAAAAAUAAAUUACAGUACGACAAUACGCCAGACGAUGGCCUGUACUUAUAGAGAAGAAGAAGAAGGAGAUGCUUCCUACACAGAGAGAAAAAUCAAAGCUAUGAAAUUAAAUACAUAUUCAAUUAAUGCCAAUUUUCAUCAAGAGUGUUCUGUUGGCUCACUUUAUUACCAAUGCAGAAUGCAAUACAAAAAUUAUAAUGAAUAUUAAAUUGCAAUGUACUUGUAUUAAAGGGAUAUCAGUAAAAAAUGGAAUUGUAUUUAAUUGCAAUAAAUAUCUACAUACUGUAGAGUAGGUGAUGUGAAUUAUGAUAACAAAGAACUCCUAAAACUUUUUCUGGAUUUAUUCAGUGUGAUUUCAUCUGGUAUUCACUACCUAGAAAAGAAAGUGAAAAUUACCCUUGAUUUAUUCUUUGUUUGGAAUGUUAACCUGUUGACCUUCCCUUAUGUUAUUACACAGAUCAUACAUAAAGAUACAUACAGAUUUUGGUUAUCAAAUCUUUAAAACAUGAAUUUAGGCUGAGUAUGUGCUUACCAGUGAGUAAAAGUAAUUGCACUGUCAUUUUUUUUUAGAAAGAUGUAUACGAUUCAGGCUACUUUUUUUAUGUACUUCCCCCCACAUCUGUUCCAUAAGCGAGAUGUGACUCUAUAAAAGAUAAAUGUAUAAUAGAAUCAAUGCAAAUAUGGGUACCAACUUUUGUAAUCAAAAUGACAAUUUUCUUACAUGAAUUUGAAUUAUUCCCCCAUAUGGGGUUCUGGAUACCUAGUUGUAUAAUUAAGGAUAUAUUUAUUCCCAUUGUGCAAGGCAGGGGCCUUUGGCUCUAGAAAUGAGUGAAGACAUUCAGGGAUUGCUUUAGAAUCAAUUCCUGUGUAGCUGUUCACUCUUGCAUUGGAUGAUAACACCAUGCCAGUAAGUAACAUUGUAGUUGGCAUUUUUAGCUCAUCCAGCCCAAAGAGCCAGAGGAGCUUAUGCUGUGCCGUGGCGUCCGUUGUCCGUACACAAUUUCACAAUGCUUCUUCUUCGCCAUUUCAAGUCCAAUUUCAAUUCUGUUUGCUUUAUAUGAUAGCACUAGGGGGGGAUUCAAAACUUCUACACAGAAUAUUGAAACUCAUUUAAUAUGCUAAUUUAUGCACAUUUUUUUAAAUUCACAAAGAAUGCUUCUUCGUUAUUUACUGACUGAUUUUGAUUUUUUACUUCCAUCUGGUAGAGCUUUAUGUCGUUCACCAAACUUUACACAGAAUUUUUGAAUUUUGAGUAGAAAAUUAUUCAUGCUAAUUUAUGCAAAAUUCAUAAAUCACGGUAAAUACCUCUUCGUUA